AUGAUGCCUCCACUAUUUGAUUGGUCCCUGGAUUAUUGUCUGUUGGCUUAUGAACAUCUUCCGUUGUUUAUCUCUUUUUGCAGUGCAUACUGCUUGAUUGAUUUGCGAGCAUCAUUAUUUGAUGUGGUCAACCAUAGGCUCCGUUUUGUUACUCAUGUUUUGUGGUAUGGUGGGCAUGUUAUAUCCAAAACAAAUGCAGGUAUGCAGUCAGAUUCUGAUGCUCUAUGGUUUAGAGCAUAUUUGUUUUUCUUAGCAAGUGUUGAGAGCAAUAUGGGAGGCUGGUUAAGCAUUGGAUACGAUGAUCUGAGCUGCUGCAAAUUCUCUUCACCAGAUGAUUGUGUGAAGUUUGUUCUUGGAAGUUCUCUUGGUGUUUUUAGUUUCCUUUUUUUCUUCUCUGCACCACCUGGUGUCGUCGUACAGAAGAUGUUAUGCCUUCUCCAGAUGGCACUUAGGCUUUACCAUAAAGAAUUUGUUCUGCAUGGUUUAAUAAAAGAAAGAUUAACAAUUUAA